GACACCGUGCUGGCUUUGCUUCCCCCUCUCAUCUGAGUUGACUGGCAGUGCUGCUGCUGCUGCUGCUGCUGCUGCUGCUGCUGCUGCUGCUGCUGCUACUACUGCUUCUGCUGCUGCUGCUGCUGGUUCCUUUGCAGAGAUCAGAACCAGCCAUUCCAAGCUUGUAUCACCGUGGACUAGGGACCAGCUGGGAUACAGAAACCAUCCUUCCACAGUUCUAGCUCCAGACUGGGACUGCUGACACCCCACACCUUGUGGCUGACCAUCUCCAGGGUCACUGUACAUUAAUCUCACACCAACUGUGAUCUGCUUCCUGUGUUGACCAUGCCUGGGUGGAGCUGCCUGGUAACUGGAGCAGGAGGGUUUUUGGGCCAGAGGAUUGUCCAGUUGUUGAUGCAGGAGAAAGAUCUGGAGGAGAUCAGGGUCCUGGACAAGUUCUUCAGACCAGAAACCAGGGAGCAAUUCUUCAACCUAGAUACAAACAUCAAGGUGACAGUGUUGGAAGGAGACAUUCUUGACACCCAGUACCUGAGGAAAGCCUGCCAGGGCAUCUCUGUUGUUAUCCACACUGCAGCUGUCAUUGAUGUCACAGGUGUCAUUCCCAGGCAGACCAUCCUAGAUGUCAAUCUGAAAGGUACCCAGAACUUAUUGGAGGCCUGUAUCCAAGCCAGUGUUCCAGCCUUCAUCUUCUCCAGCUCAGUUGAUGUUGCAGGGCCCAACUCAUACAAGGAGAUAAUCCUGAAUGGCAACGAGGAAGAGCAUCAUGAAAGCAUAUGGUCUGAUCCAUACCCAUACAGCAAAAAGAUGGCUGAGAAGGCAGUGCUGGCAGCCAAUGGGAGCAUGCUGAAAAUUGGUGGCACUUUGCAUACUUGUGCAUUAAGGCCCAUGUAUAUUUAUGGGGAGAGAAGUCCAUUCAUUUCUAACACAAUAAUUACGGCCCUCAAAAAUAAGAAUAUUCUCGGUUGUACGGGCAAAUUCUCCACAGCCAACCCAGUAUAUGUGGGUAAUGUAGCCUGGGCACACAUUCUGGCUGCCAGGGGCCUUCGAGACCCCAAAAAGUCACCAAAUAUCCAAGGAGAGUUCUACUACAUCUCAGAUGACACCCCUCACCAAAGCUAUGAUGAUUUAAAUUACACCCUGAGCAAGGAGUGGGGCUUCUGCCCUGAUUCCAGCUGGAGCCUUCCUGUGCCCCUACUGUACUGGCUUGCAUUCAUGCUGGAAACUGUGAGCUUCCUGCUGAGUCCAAUCUACAGAUUUAUACCUCCCUUUAACCGCCACUUGGUCACACUGACAGGUAGCACGUUCACUUUCUCCUACAAGAAAGCUCAGCGAGAUCUGGGCUAUGAGCCACUUGUCAGCUGGGAGGAAGCCAAGCAGAAAACCUCAGAGUGGAUCGGGACACUAGUGGAGCAGCACAGGGAGACACUGGACACAAAGUCUCAGUGAUGGGAAGAGGGUGGAGACAUGGCUCUGGGUGUUACCAGGUCCUCCAGUAAGGACAAAAGCACAACACAGGUGCUGCUGCCUUCUUUUGACACAGAGGCCAAUUUAGUGCCUUAAUCAAGUCACCAAAGCCUUGCCAGUCACUGACCCAGCCACAAGCCUUCUUUCUGAAAUACCUCCCCAAAGACACACAGGCAUCUGUGCCCCAGCUCCUGGGUCCAAGCCUCUCAGCACCUCUUGUACCUCAGAGCUCUCUCCAUUAUUUUCUCUCCCCAUUCAGAGCAUGUAUAGCCUUCAGAAAAUUCUACUUGCUUUAUGAAACCCAAUGGAAGAAACAAUAAAUACUUGUCAAUACCUCA